GAACUCGACUUUUCCUUGCUCGACUUCUCUCUGCACCAACACCCCGAGUUCGACUCCCCCCACCAGCUGCCGCAUAGGACGAGUUGUGCGGUUCUUCCUCUCACCGAGGAAGAGUCGACGAAGUCUCGUCAGACCGCCCAGGGACCAGUCUGCUUCCGCCUUCGACCUCCCUAGAACCCGCUCGAGCACCCGCGCCAUAAAUCUCUCGCGCUUGCCUCUCGACAGUCUCCCAUCUCGCGCGCAUCCGACUCUUCUCGCCCCUCCUGCUCAGCCCGCUUGCCUCCGCUUGAUAGUAUACCGCUCCUCGCCAAAUCGCGGGAUAUGGUUAUGCCAACGGUUGUCUCGGAUCGAUUCGCAUCUCUUGAUUAUACGGAGUUCACGAAUAAUCAUGUCUUUUUGAAGAGUUGCAACAAUGGCUUCUUCGAACACAACCACCAUGGCCAUCAUGACCACCAUGAUGGGGGCAAGAUUGACUCGGCCAAGCAGCUGAUCGGCGAGGCCCUGCGUGAGCGCGUUGAGAACAUCGACUCGGAGUCUUGCGAACCCGGAGAGGAAGAUACCUUCUUCGUCGCCGACCUCGGUGAGGUCUAUCGGCAGCACCUCCGCUGGAAGCGGAAUCUGCCGCGCGUCAAGCCGUUCUAUGCCGUCAAGUGCAACCCGGACCCCAAGUUGCUGGAGCUGCUGGCCGCCCUAGGCACCGGCUUUGACUGCGCCUCGAAGGCCGAGAUCGAGCAGGUUCUAGGCCUGGGCGUCGACCCGUCGCGCAUCAUCUAUGCGCAGCCCUGCAAGACCAACUCGUAUGUGCGCUAUGUCGCCAGCCAGGGCGUGCGCCAGAUGACGUUCGACAACGCCGACGAGCUCCGCAAGAUUGCGCGCCUUUUCCCGGGGGCAGAGCUCUUCUUGCGCAUCUUGACCGACGAUUCCUCCUCGCUGUGCCGUCUCAGCCUGAAGUUUGGCGCUUCGCUCGACUCGACCGACAGCCUCCUGGCUCUGGCGCGCGAAUUGGGGCUCAACGUUGUGGGCGUCAGCUUCCACGUCGGCUCCGGUGCGUCCGACCCCGGCGCGUUCCUAAAGGCGGUCCAGGAUGCGCAUGUCGUCUUCCAGCAGGCUGCCUCUCACGGAUUCUGCCUCAAGACGCUCGACGUUGGCGGUGGCUUCUGCAGCGACGCCAGCUUCGAAGAAAUGGCUGGCGUGCUGGGCGCCGCCCUGGACGAGUACUUCCCGGCGCGCUCUGGCAUCAACCUCAUCGCAGAACCCGGCCGCUACUUCGCGUCGUCGGCCUUCACGCUGGCCUGCAACAUCAUCGCUCGCCGCACCAUCGAGGAUGUGUCUGCUGCCAGUUACAUGGUGUACGUCAACGACGGCCUCUACGGCAACUUCAGCAGCAUCAUGUUCGACCACCAGCACCCUGUGGCCAAGGUGCUGCGCUCUGGCGCCCGGACGCUCUACAACACGCCGGCCGCCGAGGCCACGGACUCGGUCGACGGCAUCGAGUACAGCAUCUGGGGCCCGACGUGCGACGGCAUCGACCGCAUCACCGAGAGCAUCCGCUUCUCCGUGCUGCUGGACGUGGGCGACUGGCUCUACUUCGAGGACAUGGGCGCCUACACGAAGUGCUCUGCCACCACGUUCAACGGGUUCACCAACGACCAUGAGGUCAUCUACGUGUGCAGCGAGCCGGGCGCGAAGGCUCUGCUGGGCCUGCCUUGAAGAGCCUGGACUGUGCUAUCUGGCAGCCGUCCCUUUGGGGAUUGAUUGGGUGGGGGGGGGGAAGGGGAUAAUCUUUCAGUGGCCGUUUUGGGGUCCACUUCGUUUCGUUCGGUUUUGCUGCUUUUAUAGAAAAAAAGGCGGUGGGAACGGGCCCUGGUCUGUAUCGCAGAAACAAGGUCACCCGAGUAAUAGACGUGUU